AAUAAUUGAUUUUAAAAAAAGAAGAAAACUAUAGCCCACAUCCUUUGCGGUCCAACGAAAUCAGAAAGUUCCAAACAUAUUGUAUCUCAGAAAGAUCAAAUCUACUCUUGCCUGGUCAAACAGACGGCCCUGAGAAAACCAAUCCCAGUUGGAGCAAUUGGGUUAGAUUAGGGUAAGAAGAUCUCAGAAUGAAAGAGUAUAUCAUAAACAAUUAGAUUUGAUUGCUGUUUCAGUAGUCGGGUAUUUCGUUAGUUUGCAAAUCCAAUCGAGCCUGUCAAGAGCACGAGCACCUUGGUAUCGACAUGGUUACCAUUCCGUAUUUCACAGCUCUCACCACUUAUUUUAGCUAUGGAGUGCUCUUUGUGUUCGGCCAUAUGCGGGAUUUCUUCAGAAGCUUCUGCAAAUCUGAUCAGGGCACUCCAGAGGGAUAUGCUCCACUCUGCAGGGACUUUGAAGACUUCUACACCCGUAGGCUGUAUCACCGCAUUCAGGACUGUUUUAACCGGCCUAUUGCAAGUGCACCAGAUGCUUGGAUAGAUGUGAUUGAACGUUAUUCAAAUGACAACAACAAAACAUUAUUUCAAACUGGGAAGAUAAAUAGAUGUUUAAACCUUGGAUCCUACAAUUAUCUUGGAUUUGCAUCAGCAGAUGAAUACUGCACUCCACAGGUUAUUAAAUCAUUGAAAUCUUUUUCUCCGAGUACAUGCAGCAGCCGUGUUGAUGGGGGUACUACUGUUUUGCACAAUGAACUUGAAACGUUAAUUGCUAGCUUUGUUGGGAAGCCUGCUGCUAUGGUUUAUGGAAUGGGAUUUGCCACAAAUUCAACCAGUAUUCCAGCAUUGAUAGGAAAGGGUGGGCUUAUUAUCAGUGAUUCCUUGAAUCAUUCUUCUAUAGUUGCUGGUGCUCGAGCAUCUGGGUCAAAAGUUGCUGUUUUUCAGCACAACACACCUUCACACUUGGAAGAUGUGCUUCGAACAGCUAUAGCUGAAGGACAGCCCCGGACUCAUAGACCUUGGAAAAAAAUAAUUGUUGUAGUGGAAGGUAUCUACAGUAUGGAGGGUGAACUUUGUAAGCUUCCAGAGAUUGUGGCUGUCUGCAAGAAGUACAAGGCUUACACAUAUUUGGAUGAAGCACACAGUAUUGGAGCUGUUGGUAAAUCAGGAAGGGGAAUUUGUGAGCUCCUAGGGGUGGACCCAGCAAAUAUUGAUAUUAUGAUGGGCACCUUUACAAAAUCUUUUGGAUCAUGUGGAGGCUAUAUUGCUGGAUCCAAGGAUCUCAUUAAGUAUCUGAAGUCGGUUAGUCCUGGACACCUCUAUGCAACAGCUAUGACUCCACCAGGUGUACAACAGGUUAUAUCAGCAUUGAAAGUUAUUCUUGGAGAGGAUGGUUCUAAUCGAGGAGCCCAAAAGCUUGCACGCAUACGAGAAAAUAGCAAUUUUUUCCGUGCAGAGUUGCAGAAAAUGGGAUGUGAAGUUCUUGGAGAUCACGACUCACCUGUGAUGCCUAUAAUGCUGUAUAAUCCAUCCAAAAUUCCAGCUUUCUCAAGAGAGUGCUUUAAACGCAAUAUUGCAGUGGUGACAGUUGCUUUUCCUGCAACACCUUUGCUGCUAUCAAGGGUUCGGAUUUGCAUAUCUGCUUCUCAUACCAAAGAGGAUUUAUUGAGAGCAUUGGAAGUGAUCAGUGAGGUCGGGGAUAUGGUCCAUGUCAAAUAUUUUCCAGUUGAACCAGAGAAGCAGCAGCAGCCAAAAGAAGAGAAAAAACUUUGUUGAAAACAGCCUGAAUCAAGAGAUGACAAUCUUGAUCAUUGCAUGUUACUAAUGAUGCUUUUGAAGCAAUUACAUUUUAUUGUGUAUGAAGAUUUGAGUUGUUUUUCCUAGGGAGUUUGUCUUCUAUAAUGCCGGUGUAUAUGAUCCUUUUUAAUGGCAUUGUAUUGUAGAUCCUUUUUAAUGGGAUUGUAUUGUAAAACCAUGAUCAGAUUAUAGACUAAUCUAUCCAAUUCUUUAGACUAA